AUGGUGUCCCCUGCCAUUGCUCUGGCCUUCCUCCCGCUCCUGUUGACGCUGCUCAUCCGCUACCGCUUUUACUUUGUGCUGUUCUACCGCGCGGUGCUGCUGAGGGUGUGGAGGGACUGCAGGACGGGCCUGAGCCGCGAGGAGCGGUGCUUCCAGUAUGUGUUGACCAAUGCCACCCCCGGUGACCCCGAGAGCAUCCUGGAUGGCUUCGACUCCUGGUGCACCAAGAAGGAGUUCAUCAGCCACAUAGGGCCCAAGAAAGGGAAGAUCUUGGACCGCCUGCUGUCGGAGCACAGCCCCCUGACGGUGCUGGAGUUGGGGGCUCACUGUGGCUAUAGCACGGUGCGCAUAGCACGGGCCCUCCCCCUGGGAGCCAGGCUCUUCAGCGUGGAAAUGGACCAGAAAAACGCUGCCAUUGCAGAGAAGGUCAUACGCCUAGCUGGAUUUGAUGAAGCUCUAGUUGAGUUAAUCGUCUGUCCGUCUGACGAGGUUAUCCCUCGACUGAGGGCGGAUUUUGACCUGGAAAAGUUGGACUUUGUCUUCAUGGACCACUGGAAGAAAUGCUAUCUACCUGAUCUGCAGAUGUUGGAGGGCUCUGGUCUGCUGGGGAAAGGGUCCAUGAUCCUGGCCGACAAUGUGCUCUUCCCCGGGGCUCCCAACUUCCUCCGCUACAUCCGCCGGUGUGGGCUCUAUGAGUGGCGGGUCCAUCGGGCCACGCUGGAGUACAGCAAGGGCAUCCGCGACGGCAUGGCGGAGCUUGUCUACCAAGGAACCAAGUAG